CCAGGCCCUGAAUGCUACACAAUGCCACUUAUUUACCAGGAGGUGGCGAAAAGGAGCUGUCACUUCCCCUCCUGUCUUCCCCAUAUAUGUCUGAACCUUUUACGUUACUUUCAAGAUCAUAGUCACUUUGUGGAGGAGUCACUUAAAAGGGGCGCACACAAUGGGGACUGGUGGUCACAAGGGAAAGUUCUAACGACUUCUGUUCCUGUUCUUAGUGGUUUCUUUUGUUUGUUUCAUAAAUACUUCUAAUUUAGCUUUAUUUAAGUCGUCUGGCACACCUUAUCGUGCGUUUGGACUUUAUCUUAAAGAGUUGUUGGUUGAUCAGCGCGUUGACAAGCGCUGGAGGGAAACGAGGCAGGAUGAAUAAUGAAGAAACGGCUGCUCAACACAAGCCACGCUAUGGAACCAUUCAGGAUGACGAGAGGCUGUCGGCAGAGGAGAUGGAUGAGAGGAGACGGCAGAACAUCGCCUACGAGUACCUGUGUCAUCUGGAGGAGGCCAAACGGUGGAUGGAAGCUUGCCUGGAAGAAGACCUCCCCACGACCACAGAACUGGAGGAGGGACUGAGGAAUGGUGUCUACCUUGGCAAACUUGCCAACUUCUUUGCCCCCAAAAUGGUGACAGUAAAAAGGAUCUAUGACAGAGAUCAGGCUCGGUACAAGAGCAAAGGAUUGCACUUCAGGCACACUGACAACACAGUUCAGUGGCUCAGGGCUAUGGAGUCGGUGGGCCUACCAAAGAUCUUCUACCCAGAAACAACAGAUGUGUAUGAUCGCAAAAACAUGCCCAAGGUGGUCUACUGCAUACAUGCACUAAGCUUAUACUUGUAUAAACUGGGCAUUGCACCGCAGAUCCAGGACCUUUUAGGGAAGGUGGCCUUUACAGAGGAAGAGAUCAGUAACAUGAGGAGUGAACUGGACAAGUAUGGUAUCCAAAUGCCAGCUUUUAGUAAAAUUGGCGGAAUCCUGGCCAACGAGCUCUCGGUGGAUGAAGCAGCAUUGCACGCGGCUGUGUUUGCCAUCAACGAGGCAAUAGACAAGGGUCAGGCAUCUGCGACCAUGUCGGCGCUGACAAAUCCAAACGCCAUGCUGAGGAACACCCAGGAAGCUCUGGCGCAAGACUAUCACGACACAUUGAGCCAGGCCAAGACCCGUAAACAAGAUCAGUCCUCGGGCAGUUACUCCACAUUUUGUAGUGAGGAAAGAGACGUUUAUGAGGAGUUGCUAACACAGCAGGAGAUCCAGAGCUGCAUAGACUUUGUCAACAUCCAAGCAGCCGUAAGGCAGGUAAAUCAGGCAGUGUGUAGCCAGGAUGAAGCUUCUCUUAUGGCUGCACUGAGGCUUCAAGCGCUGGCCUUGCUCGGCGUGCAGGACAUAAACCACGGCUGGUACCUGGAGCACUUCACCACGUAUUGUCUGCACAAAUCCAAGGAUGAAAACAAGGCAGUUCUGGUGGAUAAGGAUGAGAUUCAAAGAGUUCUAAGCUCUUGCAAUGACUUUGCAGAGGCCGAAAGGCGAAAACUUGAAGCAGUUUCAGCGAUCAAUACUGCCAUUCGCCUUGGCGAUGCAGUGGCGACUGUGCAGGAACUCAUGAACCCUGAGGCUCAACUGCCAAUCGUCUACCAAACCGCUGCCAGUCUCUAUCAGAAUGAACUUUUUAGUUUGCAACUACAAGGGGCGAGGUCUGGCCUGAGCCACGAGGAGUUGAGCGUGGCUGUGGAAAUGCUGUCGGCUGUAGCUGUGCUCAAUGAGGUUCUGGACACCAAGGACACACAGGCUGUGAUCGAGCAACUGACAGACUCGCCGAUGGGGUUCACAAACAUGGAUCAAGACAACCUGAACAGGUAUGCUGACGCCCUAUCCAAGCAGCGGGCGGAGUCUCUUGCAAAGGGCCUCGAGUUCCUCACUUGGAACGAUGUUCAAAAGUGCAUUGACGCUGUCAACAUUCAGGUCCUCGAAGAGCACGAACGAAUCAUAGCAAUAGCUGAGAUCAAUGAGGCAUUGAACUCCGGUGAUCAUCAGCAGACACUUGCAGCCCUGCUCCUUCCCACUGCCAAGUUGACGGGGGUGAACCCAGUCACAGCCAAACACUACCACGAUGUCCUACACUAUAUCAAACAACGCCUCUGCCAGAACUCGGGAGAUGAAUCUGCUGUACUGUGGCUGGAUCAAAUCCAAGAGGCUAUCCAUGCAGCCAACCAGGACGCCGAGGAGGCUUUCACAAUGGCUAAAGCAGUUGCUGACAUAAACAAGAUGGUGGCCGAGGGUGACUCCGAGAACACACUACAGGCUCUGCAAUCACCAAAUGCAGGGCUGAGACUGGUACUCGCUGAAUGUGCUGAUGUGUACCAGGCUGAACUGGAACAAUCACAAGGAAAGAUGGCACCUCAAGGUGGCACUGGGAGCGUGUGGGUGAAACAUCGCAUAAACGAUAGAUAUGACUACUACUAUAACCUGGAGACUGGACAAGGUGCCUGGGAGGAGCCAGAAAACUUUGAAGGCAAUCGUGGCCACCUCAGUAAAGAGGAAAUUCAGAUUGCAGUCAGUUGUGUGACUGCAGGAUAUAAGCGGGAACAAUUGUGGUUGGCCAAUGAGUCCUUAGUAACGCAGCUGCAGGCCAAGGUCCGAGGUUUUCUGGUGAGACGAAGGCAUGCUCAAAGGAUGGAGUACCUGCGUCGACAAGAACCUCAUGUCGUCAGACUGCAGGCAUCCUGGAGAGGUUACAAACAGAGAAAAAUAUACAAGGACAGGAUGAAACUGCUUCAUACAAAUGUCACCUCAGUUGUCAAGAUUCAGUCUCUGGUUAAAAUGUGGAAAGCCAAACGUGAAUACAACCAGCGUUUGCAAUACUUCAAAAAUCACGAGAAGGACAUUGUGACUAUCCAAGCUUUUCUAAAGGCCAAUAAAGCAAGAGAUGACUAUAGAACUCUGACUGGGGCCAAGGACCCGCCCCUAUCGGUGGUGCGCAAGUUUGUCCACUUGCUGGAACAAAGCGCUUUGGAUCUGCAGGAGGAGCAGGAUGUGACGCGACUCAAGGAAGAAGUGGUCACCAAAAUUCGCUCCAAUCAGCAGAUGGAGCAAGAUUUGAACCUGAUGGACAUCAAGAUCGGGUUGCUAGUGAAGAACAGGAUCACGCUGCAGGAUGUCGUGAGUCAUAAUAAGACGAUGAAGAAUAUGAAAAAUCAAGCCAGUAAUGAUGACCUGGCCACAGCAGACAAACUGGGAAUAAAGGGGUUAAGUAAAGGAAAGCGGAAGAAACUGGAGGCCUAUCAGCAUCUCUUUUACCUCCUUCAGACCAACCCGUCCUACUUGGCGAAGCUCAUCUUCCAAAUGCCCCAAAAUAAGUCCACAAAGUUUAUGGACACUGUGAUCUUCACUUUGUACAACUAUGCCUCCAACCAGCGAGAGGAGUAUCUGCUGCUCAAACUCUUCAAAACUGCUCUCGAUGAAGAAAUCCGGUCUAAGGUUGACCAAAUUCAGGACAUCGUGACAGGAAAUCCCACUGUCAUCAAGAUGGUGGUCAGCUUCAACCGAGGCGCGCGAGGCCACAACACCCUGCGGCAACUUUUGUCUCCUGUUGUCAAAGACAUCAUUGACGACAAAAAUCUUGGCAUCAACACCAACCCUGUGGAUGUUUACAAAGCCUGGGUCAACCAACUGGAGACGGCCACCGGAGAAGCCAGCAAAUUGCCCUACGAGGUGACUCCCGAGCAGGCCAUGGCACAUGAGGAAGUAUGCAACAGGCUCGAGGCUUCCAGUCUGGCACUUCGCUCUGCAACAGAUAAAGUCCUUAACUCCAUUGUGUCCUCCCUGGAUAAUAUCCCUUAUGGCAUGAGGUAUGUAGCAAAGGUUCUGAAGAACUGCCUCCACGAAAAGUUUCCAGAUGCAUCAGAAGAUGAGCUGCUAAAGGUCGUCGGAAACUUGCUUUACUACCGCUACAUGAAUCCUGCAAUCGUCGCUCCCGAUGGCUUUGACAUUAUUGACCUGUCGGCGGGAGGGCAGCUCCACGUGGACCAGCGACGCAACCUGGGAUCUGUGGCAAAGAUGCUCCAGCAUGCUGCUGCCAACAAGCUGUUUGAGGGCGAGAAUGCACACAUGACGCCCAUGAACAACUUCAUUUCGCAGACAUACGAGAAGUUCCGGGUCUUUUUCCAGUCUGCCUGUGAUGUCCCUGAACCCGAGGAGAAGUUUAACAUUGAUGAAUACUCAGACAUGGUGACCCUGAGCAAGCCCAUCAUCUACAUCUCCAUAGAGGAGAUCAUCAACACGCAUUCACUUCUUUUGGAACACCUGGAGGCAAUCUCGCCAGACCUCAACGACCUGUUGCACGAGCUCUUGCAGGAUUUGGGAGAUGUCCCUGACGUUGAGGCGUUACUCGGUGAAGGAGCCGUUCACGGCAGCGACGCAAACAGGGAUGCCGUCCUCAAUCAGCUGGCCAAAACGGAGAUCUCCCUCACUCUGACCAGCAAGUUUGAGCUGCUCGAAGGGGAUGACAAAGACUUGAAGAGUCUCAUGACCAAGACAAAGAAACUUAUCGUGGACGUAAUCCGAAUUCAACCUGCAGAGACUUUGGCUGAAAUUUUAGAGACCCCGGCCACGGCUCGUCAGGAGUCAGAGCAUACCAAGAUAGCAGUGCGACGGGCGGUUCAGGACGCUCAGACCCCUGACGGGCUAAAGAGCAGCCCGGCAGUACUGGAGGACAGUCAGCUGCCCCUGGAGCAGAAGAAGCGGAAGAUCCUGAGGAACCUUCGGAACCUGGAGCAGGCUAACCUUGUCGCUGCCACAAACAAAUACCAGGACAUCAUCAAUGACAUUGCUAAGGAUAUUCGCUACCAAAGACGCUACCGACAAAGGAGGAAGGCCGAGCUCGUGAAACUCCAGCAGACGCUUGUGGCGCUCAAUUCGAAAACGACCUUCUACCGGGAGCAGAUGAACUAUUACGACACCUACAUCAGGACAUGCCUGGACAACCUCAACCGCAAGAAUUCACGCAGAUCCAUCAAGGUGGACAGCAAAGCGGACGAAAAGGCCGGGAAAAGGGGGAAGCCGCAAUCUUUGAAGUACACCGGAGCGAGGCUGCACGAGAAAGGAGUCAUUCUGGAGAUCGAAGGACUUCAGACCAACCAGUUCAAAAAUGUCAUGUUUGAGAUUUCACCAAGUGAGGAAGUUGGGGAUUUUGAGGUGAAAGCUAAGUUUAUGGGUGUUGAGAUGGAAAAGGUUCAGCUGCAUUUCCAGGACCUUUUGCAGCUUCAGUAUGAAGGCGUGGCUGUUAUGAAGAUGUUCGACAAAGCUAAAGUCAACGUGAACCUCCUCAUCUUUCUCCUAAAUAAAAAAUUCUAUGGAAAGUGAAUGAAAAUACGGAAUAUGGGGAAAUACUUUGUGCCUUGUGACAGCGUUCACUUAGUUCAACAAAAUCAAGGUUGUCCGAAAAUGUAAAUGAUACUUUUUUUCCCUUUGAAUAAUUUAAUGAAGCUGUUCAUUUCUUUUUCCUUUUUUGUGAGAGUUAAAUUUAAUGUAUUUUAAUUAGGAAGAUAUUCUUGUUUUCUUUGAAAGAGAAACACUAUUGUUUUGUUGUUACUUGUGUGUUGACGAAGGAGUUGUAUCAGAAGGCCGUCUUGUUGAAAUGUUGUCGUACACCAGUGCCUUUUAAAUUAAAGCAUCUAAAUAAUCAUAUUUUAAUUAAUAAAACUUUUAAAUGCUGCGA